AUCAGAAAAUUUCGAUUCUUAAAAAUUCUUUAAUAUUUUUAAUCUAUAAAUUAUUUUUAUCUCGAGGAAUUACUGAUAAAUGGCUGAAUACCAACGAGAACGCUUGGCAAAAAGAAAAUAUGAAAAUUAUGACGAGGAAAGCACACAACAGAUAAGGCAUGAAAGGGACGCCAUCCCAAAUAAAUCCCUUAAAUCUUCAAAAUAUGCUACACCUAGUCGUAGCGUAGCUGAUCAUUACAACUCAAAAGUAGAUGUUGGAGUCGAAAGACGUAGAGAAUCUACAAUUAUUUUUCUUAGGAGUUUCAAUAAUUGGAUAAAAAGUGUUUUAAUUGGAAAAUACGUUACUAGAGACGGUUAUGCACUUGAUAUGGGUUGUGGUAAAGGCGGUGAUUUAUUAAAAUGGAAUAAAGCAAAUAUUAAGAGCCUUGUGGGCUUAGAUAUUGCCGAAGUAUCUAUCGAAGAUGCAAGAAAGCGAUGGAGUGAAAUGAAAGGGAGAAGAUUUGAUGCGGAAUUCCAUGUUUUGGAUUGUUUUACUUCAAAUAUAUCGAGUAUAAUUCCAAGCAGUACAAAAUUCGAUAUUGCUAGCAUGCAGUUUUGUCUUCAUUAUUCUUUUGAGACAGAAGAAAAAGCUCGCAUAACUUUAAAUAAUGUAACGACAAACUUAAGGAGUGGAGGAAUAUUUAUCGGAACCGUUCCUGAUGCUAAUUGGAUAGUUAAAAAAUUGAAGUCGUUGCCGAAAGAACAAUUGAAAUUCGAAAAUUCAAUUUACUCAAUAAGAUUUGAACAAAGAGACAAUUUUCCACUGUUUGGACAUAAAUAUUGGUUUUAUCUUAAAGAUGCGAUAAAUGAUUGUCCAGAAUAUCUUGUUCACUUUCCCACCUUUCAAAAGCUAGCUCAACAAUAUGGACUUGAAUUAAUAUACAAAAAGAGAUUCCAUGAUUUAUAUAAUGAGUUUAAAGAAGAAACACAUUAUAGGGAACUUUUAUAUAGUAUGCGUGUUAUUGAUAAACGUGGUGAAGAUGAGAUGUCUGAUGAUGAGUGGGAAGCUACAGGGAUGUAUAUUGGUUUUGCUUUUAGAAAAAAAUAAGACACUUAAUUGUAAUAAUUGAAUGUUAUGUAGUGAUGAUGAUGAUGAUAUAUAUACAUAUACAUAUAUUUAUAUUAUUUUUAAUUCAUUAAUUCAUAAUUUAAAUUAUUUUUCUCUAAUAAAAUAA